AUGGCUAGACCCUGGGUGGAGGCCUUUCCCAGAAUAUGCAAACCAUUCUUAGAGGAGAUGGAUGACAUUGUCCGCUGCAAACUCUCCACCCUCAUUGACGAGGGCCCAAUGUAUAUGCUAGACAAGACGGAAAACGCACAACCGGCGAUUAUGGCGGUGUCGGUCAUGAUCCUGAGGGUGCUGGAGCAAGAGUUUGGGUUCAAGACGGAAGAGGUGAUCAAUGUCACGCUCGGACACAGCCUGGGGGAAUAUGCAGCUCUGGUGGCGGCCGGCAACUUGGAAUAUGCAUAUGCUCUUGACUUGGUCCGGAAACGAGGCGAGGUGAUGGGAGAAUGCACGAGAAAGGCCAAGGAAGAGUCGGGCGAAGACUUUGGCAUGAUAGCCCUGGUCUGCGAGCCGGAGCAGUUAGAGCCAUUGAUCGCAGCGGUCAAAGAGUUCCUUAGCCAUGGAGCUGAAGGCGCCAAAGAUGACUCGAGCGCUACACCAGCCAUCCAACAGGUCUCCAUCGCCAAUGCCAAUUCGAAGAAUCAGAUAGUCCUCAGCGGCAGCUUCCAACGCAUACGCAACCUGCUGGUCCACAUUCGAGAGUUUGGUGGACAUGAUCCACGGGCGGUCGAGCUGAAAUCACGCUCGGCGUUCCACAGCCCGAUCAUGAUGCCGGCGUAUGAGUUUAUGAAGAAAGCAUUGGAUCCCGACAAGGUGACGUUCCCCGGACAAAUGCCCUGUAUCAGCAACGUGACCGCACGUCCAUUCGAGUCCAAAGAAGACCUCAUGAACAACCUCGCUAGGCAAGCCAUUGACACUGUCCUCUGGUGGGAUUCGAUCAAGUACCUGGACAGGCAAGCAGGAACGCGCCGGUAUCUGGGAGUGGGGCCUGGGAAGGUUGGUCGGAACCUGGUGUCCAAGGAAGUCGGUCGGUCAUCAGCCAAGGGCGGUGGUGUCUGGUCCAUUACUGAGCCGGCAGAGAUCGAGGAGGCUCUGCGCGGACUCGAAGAUGCCGCCAAAGAAGAUGAGAGCAGGGUCGCGGAAGGCAAAUGA